CCGCGUUUCGUUCCAACUUAACCCAUUGAAGCCCUCCGACAAGAACAACUGAGAACGUAUUUGUCACUUUCUAUUCCCUCUAACCAAUUUUUUUCCAGAGAAAGUUUUUCUAUAACGCUUUCUCUUCUUCAAUUUGUGAAUAAAAAAAUUGGAACUUUCGAUUCGUUUUUUCUUCUGUUCUUUCACUGACCGACAAGAUAUCAGCCGGGACGUGGAGAGCCGCUGAAUCCUAAUUAUCAGUCGUACCAGCAGAACCAUCAGCAGCAACAACGGCAAAAGUGGUCACAUCGCGCUGAAAACGAUAAUGAGUCAAGAAGACGACGUCGACGUCACUCCUUUAAGCCACUGUCAAACUGACUGGCUUGGGGCCUGGGGGGAAUCCUUUCUCUUAUCCUCAAGCAGAAAUGGCGACAAAACAACUUAUAGUAUCACCAGUUACUGUGUCAGCCAAGAGCUUAGCCUCGCUCAGAGUUUCGAGUGCCAAGUUUGGAACUUUGAAACCAGGCACCCUUAAGCAGAGCCAGUUCUGUUCUUUGGUUGUCAAAGCUGCUUCUGUCGUUGCUCCUAAGUACACUUCAAUUAAGCCAUUGGGAGAUAGAAUUUUAGUGAAGAUCAAGGAGGCAGAGGAGAAGACAAUGGGAGGUAUC